AUGCUGCAAGCCGAAAAAGUAAAUUUGCGCCGUUUUAAACGAGCAUCAAAUGAUUACCGUGGAUAUAGUGAAUCACAUUUUUAUGGAAUACAAACAAAGUUAAAUAAUCAAUUUGCAGAAUUUAUAAUGCAAGCAGUAACAUUUGCAGCAAAUGUGCAGCGUAAUCGCGCUUUUUAUUAUGAUACAGCAAAAAUAUGCAAAUUUUUGCGCCAUCGUAUCAUUGGUUUGCAUUUUUUUAUUUACACAAUAGCAGUUGUGAUACCAUCAAUUUUUGGUAUUAUUAUGGCAACAUUUGUCUGGCGAUCACUUGUACGACAAAUUGACGGCAUUGUUAUGGCACCUCCAGAUGGAGUAGAUUUACCGCCGCUAUCAAACAAACCACCAGGAUUUUAUGUUCCAUUACAUCGACGUCCAAUAAUUUAUUUACAACUUGCAAAAGAGAAAUGCUUUGGCAAAAAGGGAGUAUAUGUAAAUUUUUAUGAUAAUUCUUAUCAUAAUUUAAAAUUUCUAGCAUAA